AAAAAUCUUGCGUGGUUGUGUGUUUCGUGUUCAUUGGUGGAUGAUGUGUCGUUUGCCGGAUUUUAUUGAUUUCAGCUGGUUUUUGCAAUAAUUUGUGUGUUUUGGGUAGCAUUUUUUUUCAAAUCUACGUAUUGAUAGUUAGAAAGUAAACUUGCAUGUCAACAAAAGUGUUUGGGUUGUGCUUCCUGGCAUGAGCUGUGCUUUUACCCCUGGCUUUAUACGGCUAGAUCGAACACGUUUGAGGUUACGACAAACGAAUCCGUUCAACAUGUAUAAAUUACUAAGCAUUUUCAUCGGAGUAAUACUUCUAACUGAAGCCGCUAAUGGGGAUUCCAGGAGCCAUCCUAUCACAACUCAACUUUCCGCUAAAUGGGAUAUUACACCGAUACAACUAGAAAUUGCAGAAUUUAUUGAAGAGGAAAAUAUGAAUAUGUUUUGGGACUACGUUGAGUUGAUCAAUCAAAUCCCUAAUGGGCUGUAUCAUAUAGAAACGGAGGAAAAGCGGUAUAAGAAAUCAAUGGAACUUGCAAAUACUUUGUUAGGGGUAGGGCAAACCAAUUUGCUAAAACUAGCGUUGUCGCUGCACAGUUUUGCACCCAAAGUACAAGCACACUUACAAAUUGCUAAUGAUGUGCUGGAACAGGGGGAUUGUGAUAGUCCAGCAUUUGUGAGAAUUGGUGGUAAAACUGCUUGUGAUGAAAGUGAUGUACAAAGUAUGCUAAAAGUUCUUAAUAAAGAUGUGGAAAGUGUAAAAACUCAUAGCCUUGAUCACAUCUAUCCUGGAUCUGAAAAUAACUCCUUAACAGCUGUUUUAUAUGCCCAGAUAGGAACAAGGCAAUUCAAAAACAUUCACAAUAUACUUAAGAAAGAAGCCGAGAAGGGCGUUUUAAAAUAUGUGUUGCGACAUUUCGUCAAGAAUGCGUCUAAUAGAAAAAUGCGGCUUUCGGGUUAUGGAGUAGAACUGCACCUAAAGUCUACUGAAUACAAAAGCCAAGAUGAUUCACCGCAACAACAGGAUCAAGAGACAACAAUUAAUGACGAUUCUUUCGAGCCAGAAGUAGAAGGUUUUGAUUUUAUUAAACUGAAACAGCAUUAUCCACACCUUUCUCACUCGCUUGAUCGGUUCCGCAAUUCACUAUUAGAAAAGCAUGAAGAGAUAGCACCAUUAAAGGCAUGGGAGUUUCAAGAACUAGGACUCCAAGCAGCCCAGCGUAUUGCGCAAAUUCAAGGCGAAGAAGCAUUGCAUAUUUUACAGUACACCGCACAGAAUUUUCCUACUCAAGCAAAAUCAUUACUUGUCCAAACUGUUUCGGAUGAUUUCAAAAAAGAAAUGAGGCACAACAUUGAAGUUUUAGGCCGAAAUUUAAACCUUCAACCCCCAGAUUCCGCUUUGUUUCUGAAUGGCCUAUUCUUCGAUGCCGAAACGAUUGAUACCAUUACUCUUCUGGAUACACUUAGAUCCGAAAUGCGUGUUUUGGAAGGACUCGACAAAAUAAGGAUACGUGGGAAAUCGGCCACCCCUCUUUUAGCAUUAGACCUGUCAUCGUCCGCUAAGGAGUUUGCCGUUGAUAUUCGUGAUUCAGCAAUAACUUGGAUCAAUGACUUGGAAAACGAUGCCCAAUACAGACGAUGGCCUGCAAGCGUAAUGGAUCUUCUUCGACCCACCUUUCCUGGUAUGCUGAGAAAUAUACGGAAAAAUUUAUUCAAUCUUGUUCUGGUGAUAGAUCCAGUUUCCAAUGAAGACUCAGGACGAGACAUUGUUAAAUUGGCGGAAAGUUUUGUCAUACACUCUGCACCAGUCCGCAUUGGAUUGGUUUUUCACGCCAAAAAUCGCGAGCAUUUGGACUACCGUGCCAUUGUGUGUGCCUUCAAUUACGUGCAUCAGAAGAAGGGAUCCGCUGAAGCACUUGGAUUUCUCACCGAUCUUUUUGCAGCAACUCCGAAGCGUAAGAUUGAGCUGGAUGAUGUUCGGAAGCAGAUAAAGAAAUUGUUCACUAAGUUGAAGUCGGACGAAGUUGAUGAGAUCGUUGGUGAAGACUCCGACUUUGAUUACGGUCGUCAAUUGUCUUACGAAUUUGUUGAUCGGCUCGGACUCCAAGCGACACCUCAAGCAUUACUGAACGGAGUACUGUUGCCAUCAAACACUCUGAACUCUGAUGAUUUUGAAGAAACUAUUCUAACGGAAAUUAUGCAGCAAACGCCCACAAUCCAGAAGGCCGUUUAUAAAGGUGAUUUGAAUGAUGGAGAACCAGUGAUAGAUUUCCUGAUGAAGCAACCCCAUGUAAUGCCUCGUCUUAAUCAGAGGAUACUCUCGGUAGAUGACCCCGUGUUUAUAGAUGUUUCUGGAAACCCAUACUCGAAUCUCGAAGAUGUGUCAGCACUAGCUCAGCUUCCAAACUCAGAGCUGACCGCUACUUUAAUGAGUAAUCUAAAAUAUUUCGGGGGGAAAUCCACUUAUGAGAAGUUCUUGGGUCAUAGAUUACAUUUCCAAAGCUUGUGGGUUAUAGCGGACCUGACUCAAUCCGCUGGUCGUACACUUUUGAGGAACGCUUUAGGAUUUAUGAAAUCAACCAGCGGAACACGCGUUGCGUUUAUCCCGAAUGUAGACGGUAACAAUUUUGCUAGGUCAGAAUUGCGGAACAACUUGAAUGUUCUUGUUUGGGCUACAAUCAAUACUUUACCCGCAGAGGAAGCCACAGAUUUAAUUGCCAAAUUGUUAGAACAAAGUGACAACGGGCAGGGAUAUCAGUUACCCGAAUCUGUCCUCGACUUUCUACCAGCAACCCAAAUGCAUUUGAAGAUGCUCAGAGUGUACUGUCAACGUGUACUGAAGAUGAAAGCAUCCCAAAAUGGCCUAGUAGCCAACGGACGUAUUUUUGGUCCUUUUGAAACCGAUGAGUAUUUUGAUUUGGAAGAUUUUGGUCUACUAGAAAAGUUUUUCAGUUUACAGUACACUGAUAAGAUUAGACAGGCGUUAAAAGAGGCAUCUGCCGAUGGAGACGAUCUUACGAUCACUAGUGAUACGAUAUUCAAAUUAGUUUCAAUUCUAGUACCUCGACAGCAAUCCAAAUCACGCUUCACAAUUCCAGCAGAAAUUGAAGAAAAUCACACUGUUGUUAAAUUGGCUCCAAAAUUAAGUGAACUUCCAUUCUUUGAAGUCGUCGCCGUCCUCGAUCCCGCUUCGAGAGGUGCACAAAAGUUAUCGUCUCUACUUAUCCUGUUGCGAAAUGUUGUAAACUGCAAUAUUAAGUUAAUACUCUGUGCUAUCGAUAGACACAGUGACAUGCCUGUUAAAACGUUUUAUCGAUUCGUGGUCGAACCUGAACUGCAAUUCACACCCGAUGGAAGACACGCUCCGGGACCUUUUGCCAGAUUUGUCGGACUUCCGGCCAGCCCUCUACUGACACAAAGUUUAAAUGUCCCUGAGAACUGGUUGGUCGAAGUGGUUAGAUCUGUUUAUGAUCUUGACAACAUAAAGCUUUCGGAAAUAAAUGGGCCAGUUCAUAGUGAAUACGAGUUAGAAUAUCUACUGAUUGAAGGUCACUGCUUUGAUACGACCACCGGUUCACCCCCACGUGGUUUACAGAUUACCCUAGGAACCGAACAACAACCUAUUAUCGUUGAUACAAUCGUUAUGGCCAAUUUAGGUUACUUUCAAUUGAAAGCUAACCCUGGAGCAUGGAUACUGAAACUGCGACAUGGUAAAAGUGCAGACAUCUAUGAUAUUACUAGUGCAGACGGACCGAACGUUGCUCACUCGAGCGACGGUACCAGAGUGCUACUGAGUUCUCUAAAGUCUCAUGUGUUAAAGCUGCGUGUUACGAAGAAACCUGGUAAAGCAAAUGCAGAUCUUUUGAGUGAUGAUAAAGAUUCGAGUGGUGGCAUUUGGGAUUCGAUCAGCUCGAUGGUUGGAACUGGUGAUAGCCAAGAUCAGGAAGUUCUAAACAUAUUUUCAGUUGCCUCAGGCCAUUUAUAUGAACGUUUGCUGAGAAUUAUGAUGCUCUCACUUCUGAAGCAUACUAAAACACCGGUGAAAUUUUGGUUCUUGAAAAACUAUCUGUCACCACAGUUUAUUGAUUUUUUGCCUCAUAUGGCUAAAGAAUACAAUUUCCAGUACGAAUUAGUGCAGUAUAAAUGGCCCCGGUGGCUGCACCAACAAACUGAAAAACAACGCAUUAUUUGGGGAUACAAAAUUUUGUUCCUGGACGUGCUAUUUCCGUUGGACGUCAAAAAAAUUAUCUUCGUCGAUGCUGAUCAGAUAGUGCGAGCAGAUAUGAAAGAACUUAAUGACUUCGAUCUUGGAGGAGCUCCUUACGGAUAUACUCCAUUCUGUGAUUCUCGCCAAGAAAUGGAAGGAUUUCGUUUUUGGAAGCAAGGAUAUUGGAAAAACCAUUUACAGGGAAGAAAAUACCACAUUUCUGCUCUGUACGUUGUCGAUUUGAAACGAUUCCGAAGAAUUGCAGCCGGUGAUAGAAUACGUGGGCAGUAUCAGGCACUAAGUCAAGAUCCAAACAGUUUGUCCAAUUUGGAUCAAGACUUGCCUAAUAACAUGAUUCACCAGGUCGCUGUCAAGUCACUACCUCAGGAAUGGUUAUGGUGUGAAACAUGGUGUAGUAGUGACACGUUGCAACACGCAAAAACUAUUGACCUCUGUAACAAUCCUUUAACGAAAGAGGCUAAACUAACUGCAGCCCAACGUAUUGUGCCAGAGUGGAAAAACUAUGAUCUGGAGAUCAAACGACUGCAAGCUAAAGUAGACGAAUUAGAGCACGAAGAUAGCCAAACUACACAUUCCCAGGACAAAACAAUUACCAGUGAGUACAUCAACCACACUGAACUUUAAUUUACGUUGUGGGAUCUAGGCCCAAUUAGGAAAUUGAAAUUUUUUUCUACUGUUCGAUUGUAAUCCAAAAGUUAUGCUAAGCCAAUGUUCAGUUAUCGAUUGAACCUUGUCUGCUGUGAUUUAAUGGUAGUGUUUCGCGUCAGUCGUCGGAUUAUAGUUCAAAGACUGCCGUUUAGCUUUUUUUCAAUUUAAGGACGAGAGAGAAUCUGGCUUAUAUCCAGUAUGAAUUUCAGCUAAUUUCUAGGGUCAAUAAACUGUACAAUAUAUUUUAAGAAA